UGAAGAACAAUAACCUUGGCGCUCCUCCUUCCAAGAAAAUAGAAACACUGUGUUUUCCGUGCAAGCCCAGUCAAAGUUCGAUCCCUAUUUCCACACUAAACCAUCUAGAGAACGAGCCACAGUAACCUCAUCGCCGUCAAUGGAGGAGCGUCAUACUCUGUUUGGACGCUAUGAAAUCGGAAGGCUUCUGGGGAAAGGGACGUUCGCUAAAGUCUAUCAUGGCAAGCGAAUGUCGACGGGCGAGAGCGUUGCGAUCAAAGUGAUGAGCAAAAACAAAGUGCAGGGACAAGGGAUGAUGGAGCAGAUCAAGCGCGAGGUCUCCGUCAUGCGUUUGGUUCGACACCCCAACGUUGUUGAACUCCAAGAAGUCAUGGCCACCAAAACUAAGAUCUUCUUCGUAAUGGAGUAUGUUCGUGGAGGCGAGCUCUUCCACAAGGUCGCCAGAGGCAAACUCAGAGAGGAUCAAGCACGAAAGUACUUCCAACAGUUGAUCGGCGCCGUCGAUUUUUGUCACAGCAGGGGCGUCUCUCACAGAGACCUCAAGCCUGAGAAUUUAUUACUCGAUGACAACCUCAAAGUCUCCGACUUUGGCCUCUCGGCGUUGCCGGAACACCUCCGGUACGACGGCCUCCUCCACACCCAGUGCGGAACUCCGGCGUAUGUUGCCCCUGAAGUUUUGAGAAAGAAAGGAUACGACGGAUCCAAAGCUGAUAUUUGGUCCUGCGGGGUGAUUCUUUACACAUUAUUGGCUGGAUUUCUUCCGUUUCGACAUGAAAACGUCAUGACGAUGUACACCAAGAUCUUCAAAGCUGAAUUCCAGUUUCCUCCGUGGUUUUCUGCGGAAUCAAGGGGAUUGAUUUCCAAGAUUCUCGUACCAGACCCAGAAAGUCGAAUCACGAUUCCUGCAAUAAUGCGGGUCCCCUGGUUUCAAAAGGGAUUUUCGAUCCCAUCAGCGUUUCAUUCAGCGGAACUCACUUCGAACAGAGCCGUUGAAGAAGACUCCAGAACCAAGCUGCUUCCAUCAUCCCCUGAGUUUUUCAAUGCGUUCGAGUUUAUUUCUUCAAUGUCUUCCGGGUUUGAUUUGUCUGGGUUGUUCGAGAACAAGAGGAAGACCGGGUCAAUGUUCACUUCCAAGUUCUCGGCGGCGGCGAUUAUGUUGAAGAUGGAGACGAUGGCAGAGAGGUUAAGGUUCAAGACGGCAAAGGUGAAGGGCUUCAAAAUAAAGCUGGAAGGGCGGUCGGAGGGGAGGAAAGGGAGAUUGCAGGUGACGGCGGAGGUGUUCGAGGUGGCGCCGGAACUCGCUGUGGUGGAGUUUUCAAAGUGUUCCGGCGACACUUUGGAAUAUACCAAGUUUUGCGAGGAAGAUGUGAGGACGGCGCUGACAGACAUUGUUUGGACGUGGCAAGGGGACAACACGUGUAACAGUAGCAUCGGAGAGGGCGCGGGAAGUCAAACGAUGGAGCGAGUAAUAUAAAUACACUUCCCUCCCGAUUCUGACUCCGUUUGAAACUUAGCUAGAGUUUUCGUGACACCAGUAGUCCCUGAAUGUAAGCUAAAGUUUAUAUAACAAAACAAAACGGGUUUGUGUGGCGUAAUGCUUUCUUAUCAUUAAUUUUCCUCGCACGCAACAUUUAAA